AUGACUGACAAACAUCCCUUCAGAGUUGUGAUUGUAGGCGCGAGUGUCGCCGGGCUUAGCCUGGCAAACAUGCUCCAGGCCAAUGGCAUCGACUUUCUGGUGCUGGAGGCUUAUCCGACUGUAGCGCCUCAGGUUGGAGCUAGCAUCGGUCUACUACCUCAUGGAAAUCGCAUCCUAGACCAGCUCGGCUUAUACGAGAAAGUUAUGAAAAUUGCGCCUCCUAUACAAGCAUUCAACUUUCGAGACACGAAUGGCAAAAUUCUAGCUCAGCAUCCAGAGAUGGACGAGCGGCUUAUUGAGAGCAAUAUAAAGGACAAGUCAAAGAUCUUGACAAACAAGCGAGUUGUCCGGACGGAGUUGGUUAAUGGUGGUGUUCGAGCCGUCACAUCAAACGGAACGAUGGUCGCCGGUGAUAUCCUCGUUGGAGCAGACGGUGUGCACAGCACAGUACGCUCUGAGAUGUGGAAACUAGCUGGCAGGCUUUCGCCAGGCCUAUUUGACCCAAACGAGCAUGAAGCACCUCCCUGUGAAAACAGCUGCAUCUUCGGUAUCUCUAACCCAUGUGCUGGUAUCAACUCAGGCGAUCUGCACUGCGUAUUCAGAAACAGUUCUUCGUAUCUCGUCACAGGAGGUCCUCAAGGACGAGUCUACUGGUUUCGGUUCCAGAAGCUCCCGGAGAAAGUUCAUGGCUCAGCUAUUCCACGCUAUACAGAGAACGACCUCCAAAAGGCGCUGUCUGAAUCUGCUGACGACAAAAUAUUGCCUAAUUUGAAGUUUUCAACAUUUAUUGAGAACAAAUAUGUCUAUCAGAAGUGGCACUUUGACAGAAUCAUCACUCUGGGCGACUCAGCGCACAAGUUCCAUCCAGUGGGUGGCCAAGGCGGCAAUGCUGCCAUUGAGAGCGUGGCCUUGCUGACGAACAACCUUGUGAAAGCACUUGAGCGGAGCCCUUCAGGACGCCUGACCACCUUCCAAGUCGAGUCCAUGUUUGCAGAUGUCCAGUCUCGCCGCAAACCCAGGUUAGAACUUAACCACCGUUACUCUCAUAACCGAGCGAAUACAGAAGCACUUGAUACGCCUCUCAAAAAGCUUAUGGCGAUUCAUCUACUUCCGCUGGUAGAUGAGCAGGUCGUAACUCUUGGCUACUGCUCUCAGCAUCCUGGUGGAGAAAUGCUGGAUACGUUACCAGUGCAUCACCAUGAGAACUUGAUACCAUACAAACAGGAACUGCUUUGCGAGCCAACGUCCAGAGGCUACAUACAAUGGGUAUUGGUGACUGCCUAUGUGGUCUUUGCAGUUGUUGCAGUCUCUACAGGUAAAUAUGAGCCUUCGUCGGAGACAGGUCCUACUUCAACCGAUGGAUUUGCCUUGGAUAACUCUCCCCACAAUAGUAUUGGCAACCGAUCAGGUUUGUAUGGCUUUCCUCCCACUUCGAAAGCCAAGGCUUGGAUAUCGACUUUUGAGCCUCUAAACAUCUACGCAUUUGGCCAUUUCAUCCAGCCCGUCGCCAUCAUCAUGCUUGAAGGCUAUCGCGGAAGAAACAAGCUCACGCCUCUUGGACUACCUGUUUUGUGGAUCAUGCUGUUUCAGUACGCUGGAGUCGGGGUCGCUAUGCCGUUAUACUAUCUGAUCUACACCUUGAUAUCGGAUGUCGAAUCUUAUUGGUGGCCUCUUAGAAGAUUCGUUCCUCUACAACACGCUAGGCAUAUUUUCCCUGCGUACGUGUUGGCAGAAGCAAUUCAUGUCGGUCUUCUCUAUCGCCCCUUGUCAAACACGCAUCUUCCCCAGUGGAUGGAAGUCGCCAAGUCAUUUUGGCUCUUGCUGGUUCCCAUAUUCGUCACAAUAUUUGGAUCUUUUGGCAGCCGUCAAACUACACUGGAUUCAACCAAAACACUAAAAGUCGAACUCAAAGUGCUGGGCAGAACAAUCCUGGCUGUUGGAAUUUUCGGCGCUUUGUGUCAUUGGUUUGCCAUCACGCAAGCCCUUCGCAACGUUGACCCCAGUACAAUACUCAACAUACUGAAUAGGCCGACUAUAUUCCAUGAAUCCCGCCAUAUACAAGCAAAACAUAAGGCUGGACUAUUGAUAUACCUCCUAGCAUCAGUUGGCCGAGCCAAGAUGAACGUGUUCACCGCAGCACUUUGGAUCUUGCUGGUUAAACUCAACGUAUAUCAAUCGCCGAUCAUGGAUGGCCAUGCUCGCCAACCCAGUCCUCUGCCGGCGCGGCCUGUAUCUCGCAAACGCGUCGCGCCGGUAAUCUCCGUGCUAAUACUAUGCCUCUUUGUCAAUCUGUCAAUGAGCCUCUAUCAACUACCCUCGAAUCGGUUGAUUGAAAAGCGUCUUUGUGUAGACUACUAUCGCCAGAACGAUCCGUCGCAGAUUCAGCCUGGUGGUAGGGUUGACGAAAAGCUAUGCAAGAUUCGCGAGAUAGAAAAAGGCCUGGGUCGGAUUCAGGGCGUGAUGGAGACGCUUUGGGCCAUCAUGAUCGGCCCGGUGCUCUCAGUCCUUGGUGGAGAUUGCGUCUUCAACUCUCUUACCUACGGCCUUGUCUCGAAUUUAACGGACGACCAUGUUCAACGAGCCAUUUACUUUGGAUACAUGAGCUCAGUGUCUUAUGUUGUGGCCUUACUUGGCCCUGCACUGGCUUCAUCUACCAUGACACUAUCGCUAUGGCUACCGUUCUGGCUCGGCACAUUUCUGCUCUCAUUGGCUGUCCCCACCAUACAGAUGCUACCUACACAGGGAAAUACCAACAAGGGAACCAAUGGUGAUGAUGAGAGCCAACAUGAGCCUCUCCUCUCAUCCCCUCGUAUGAAAGCCCAGAGCCAUCACGAGCCACUUCUCCAGUCUGUGAUUGACCGUCUCCAGACGAUCAAGACCAUCGUCGUCAGCCACCCAAAGAAUUUUAGCUUGUUGCUGUUCAGCUUCAUGCUCACAUCCCUUGCGAGCUCAGAUACAAAGCUUCUUGUUCAGUAUAUAUCUGCACGUUACAAGUGGACAUUUGCAUCCGCUGGGUAUCUCUUAUCUGGGAAAGCAAUCGUCAACUUCACGUUACUCACCAUUAUUAUUCCCAAAGUUUUACGAUCUGCGCGCCAGGUGCGACAGGAAGAUGCAUCUGAGAUAGCGGAUAAGUCAAAUAUCCGGCACGCUAUGUACUGCCUUGUUGCAUCUGUAUUUGGCGCCUUGGGCAUCGCCAUCGCGAGCGAGAUCUGGAUGUUAAUCCCCUCGAUGUUUGUCUACGCUCUUGGCUCUGCCCUGCCUAUCUUCACUCUAUCACUUCUCAAAUCUCCUGUCAUCUCGCCGCCUCAUUCUUCAGACUCGUCCGAUCCUGAACCUCACAUUUUCUCUAUUGUCAUGCUGGUCAAGACUGUUGGGUCGCUUUUAGGGGCACCUUUGAUGGCAGCACUCUGGGUCCGUGGUCUCGGAAUUGGCGGCAUGGCUCUUGGUAUGCCGUUCUUCGUCAGCCAAGCAUGUUAUACUGUGGCCAUUUGGGUUUUCGCAAACAUAGAGGUAGACCGUGAUGUGUUGGCUGUUGCAGAGCAGAGGAGACGCAAUCGGGACUAA